GGCGACACUGCGGUUAGCGUAAUUCUAACCAGGAGCGGCCCUGACUUAGAACUUGUACUCUUUCACUCGACAAUCACAAUAUGGCGGAGCACUCUCGAGGGAAGACUCCAAUUUUACUACUCAAGACCAAGUCAGCGCCGACUGAUACAUAUGAGGAGCUCUUUUCGACUUGCGACAAUAAUCGAUAUGCACCAGUAUUCGUGCCUGUCCUCGAGCACAGGUUCAAGCGGGACGCCCUGGACACUGUGCGCCAGCACAUAAUCAACCGAGGACUCGUGCCGACAUCGCAGAAGGGUCUCGCGACAUAUGGGGCCCUGAUCUUCACCUCACAGCGGGCUGUGGAAGCGUUCAAUGAAGUAGUGGAGGAUAUUCGAAAAGAAGGCAGCCAUGCGGUUGAUGAACUACUACCUGGGACUCUGCCUCUCUACGUCGUUGGACCGGCCACCGCACGUGGACUGCAGGCGCUGAAUCUGCGCUGUCCCAUUCUUGGUGAGGAGACAGGUAAUGGAGAAGCUCUUGCAGGCUUCAUACUGGAGCACUACAAUUCCCUAUACUCUGGCGUCUUGAAUCCACCGAUCCUGUUCAUGGUCGGCGAUAAGAGAAGGGACAUCAUUCCAAAGACUCUGCAGUCUGAACAGCUGCCUUCAGAUAGGAGCGCCAGAGUGGAUGAGCUGGUCAUAUAUGAGACGGGCGAGAUGCAUUCAUUCAAGACCGACUUUACCACAAUAUGGCGAAACAACGCAGACAGCGGAUUGAAGCACCAAUGGAUCGUGGUCUUUUCACCAACAGGCUGCCAGGCCAUGCUCGAAAGUCUGGGCCUCCUGGAGUGCGAUACCGGGAAAGCCAAGAAGAUUGAUGGCCCAAGAAACAUCCUGAUAAUAACGAUUGGCCCCACGACUCGCGACUAUUUGAUCAAUGAAUUCGGUUUUACGCCUGACGUCGUUGCUGAAAAGCCAAGUCCUGAAGGCAUUGCUGAAGGUAUACGAGCUUUCUUGAAACUACAGUCGUAGGAAUUCACAUAUCUUGACGCAAGUGUCUUCUGGUCUGGUCCAGACGUUCCGUUCGUAGCCGUCGUGCCUCUUGAAGCUGGUGUGAUGGAUUUGCAAGUAAGUGAUCUUUCCUGUGUGGUGCUACACCGAAAGGUGGGCAGCGUGCAGGCGUCAGGCAGGCUUAAAGAGGCAAGGACCGUGCCCCAACGAUCGUUCAGCCGGUGUUCCUGUGUCUGAUCACG